ACGCACCAGGGAACUAAUGAGUUGAAGUAAUGAUGAAUAAUAAAUUAGAUUUAUGAUAAAAACAUUAUGACUCAACAUGAAACAGUUAAUGAGAAAAUUGAGACUUCACAAAUUAAUGAUUUCUCAAAACAACUGAAUAAACUUUGUAAAGAAGAAUUACUUCUUAACAAUGACACCACCUCAGUCUCACUCUGACAAUAUUAGGAAAUCCAAUUAUUUAUAAUUAAGUGUCAAUUGUCUCAUUAAUAGUUUCAUGGUCAUGUUCAACACAUUUUCUGUAUUCUCAUUAAUCGGUUCAUUAAAUAGUUGACUUGUUAAUUAUUUCAUUCAGACUGUACAAAUGUGUGGUCCUACAGGAAGGUCGCUUUUAUUUUGAAGUGACUAACGUAAUGCUUAACUCGCCUCUUGGUUCUGUCUGUUCUGCUGGUUCUGUUCUGAUCCAGGUCUGGACCAGGUCCUGGGUCACUUCAAUAAGGUCUGAUCUGUAACGUGUGUGUGCGUGUGCGUGUGUGUGUGUGUGUGUGUAGGCUGCAGCAGGAGCUCAUGACUCUGAUGAUGUCCGGUGAUAAGGGGAUCUCAGCGUUUCCAGAAUCAGAUAAUCUUUUUAAAUGGGUCGGAACCAUCAACGGAGCUCAGGGGACGGUGUACGAGGGCCUCAGGUACCGCCUGUCUCUGGAUUUUCCCGCCGGUUAUCCGUACCAGGCUCCUCGUGUGAAGUUUGUGACGCCGUGUUUUCAUCCCAACGUGGACGAGAACGGAUUCAUCUGUCUUGACAUCCUGAAGGAAAAGUGGUCGGCGCUGUACGACGUGCGCUCCAUUCUCCUGUCCAUCCAGAGCCUGCUGGGAGAACCAAACAACGAGUCUCCUUUAAACCCGACGGCAGCCGAACUGUGGGACGAUCAAGAAGCCUUUAAAGCUCAUCUACAUUCGACCUUCCAGAAGUGAAGCAGCUCCACAUCUUCUUCUUCCUCCUCCUCCUCUUCUUCAUCUCCCUCUCUUUCUGUCUGUUACGUCUGUUUGUACAGUAUUUUUAUGUUAAAUAAAGUUCUUAAUUCAA